CGCCUGUGGGAGGCAGUCAGAGAUGAUGAAGGGAGGGGAUGGUGAACGAUAUCGCUAGCUAGCUAGCUGUUGUUUGUUUGUUGUAAUUUACAAGACAGAUCAAGUACUAACGUACAUGUCAUAUUUCUCUUCGGCAUUUAGCUUUCUUGACCAGGCAUCAGGGACGAACAACUUGCGCGUGUCCUGUAAUCGUGGGUAGUUAAUUCACUUAAAUAAAUGGUUUUGGAGCUCACAGUGCCCGCUAGUGCAGGCCCCUUGCUUUACCGCUCCGUUUCGUACAUUGAGCGAGUUUUCCGGGUGAGGGUUAACCACAGAUCCGCCGUGUCAAGCUGCAACGGCGCAACUGCUAGCACCAGCAGCAUAGUUAUCUCUGUCGAAGAGGGUGAAGAAGAUGACUGCACCAAGGCAAAGGAUUACAUAGUAUCGCUGACCUCACCAGCUCACAGGAAGAGGGAACAUCUAACACUGACUUUACAUAAACAGCUUCAGCUGCUCAAGUCAACCAUCGAGUAUGAGUCUCAGGCCGUAGUGGAGGCGAAGGAGCAUGUGGUGGAGAUCUCAGGGGGGGAGGCUAACGUGAUGACAGCAUGGUCCAUGGUGGAGAGGCUCAAAAUGGAGACGUGCCCUUGCAGGGAGGAGAACAGCGGGCUGAGGGAAGCCCAGCAUGCUAGCGGCGAGUCCGAGGAGGGCAGCAGCUCUGAGAGCGAGUCAGAACAGCAGCUGCAGCUGCAGGUGAGCGGUGGCAUCUGCUGCAGGAGGAGGGAACCGUUCGUCACCAACAAGCCCCACCGCCAGCUCUGUCGCUCCCCCUGCCUGGACCGGCCCAGCUUCUCCCAGAGCAGCACCCUGCAGGACCCCCGCACGGAGGAGGCCAAGGUGGGGGCGGUCUUCAGGCCCGCCAGCGACCGGGAGUACCAGACCAAGAUGGAGUUCGCCUUGAAGCUGGGCUACUCCGGGGAACAGGUAGAGACCGUCCUGAACAAGCUGGGGGCGUCCGCCCUCAUAAACGAUGUCCUGGCUGAGCUGGUUAGACUGGGGAACAAGGAGGAGCCGGACAGCCAGGCCGGCAGUGGCACGGCCUCCUCCGUGUCUCGGGGGGGCGCGGGCCCCAAGGAGGCCGUCAGCCCUGAGGCCUCCCUGGAGGACGAGUCGGUGGACACCUACGACAACCUCCGACCCAUCGUCAUAGACGGCUCCAACGUGGCGAUGAGCCAUGGAAACAAAGAGGUUUUUUCCUGCCGUGGCAUCCAGUUGGCUGUGGAAUGGUUUCUGGAGAAGGGACACAAAGACAUCACAGUAUUUGUCCCUGCCUGGAGGAAAGAGCAGUCAAGGCCUGAUGCCCCCAUAACAGAUCAAGACAUUUUGCGAAAGCUGGAGAAAGAGAAGAUUCUGGUUUUCACUCCAUCAAGGCGUGUCCAGGGAAGAAGAGUGGUGUGCUACGACGAUCGCUUCAUAGUGAAGCUGGCCUGUGACUCUGAUGGCAUUAUUGUGUCAAAUGACAACUACAGGGACUUGCAGAACGAGAAGCCAGAGUGGAAGAAAUUCAUAGAGGAGCGGUUGCUAAUGUACUCGUUUGUCAACGACAAAUUCAUGCCUCCUGAUGAUCCGUUGGGAAGACACGGACCCAGCUUAGAGAAUUUCCUCCGCAAGCGGCCUGUUGUCCCGGAGCACAAAAAGCAACCUUGUCCAUACGGGAAGAAGUGCACCUAUGGCCACAAAUGCAAGUACUACCACCCAGAGCGAGCCAGCCAGCCGCAGAGAUCGGUGGCAGAUGAACUGCGGGCGUUUGCCAAGCUGUCUGCCGUUAAGACAAUGAGCGAAGGGGCUCUGGCCAAGUGUGGCACCGGCCCAGCGACCAGCAAAGGGGACUUCGGCUCGGAGGCCAAACGCGUGGCCCCCAAGCGCCAGUCCGACCCCAGCAUCCGCUCAGUGGCCUGUGAACCAGACGAGAGACUGUCUGCCGUUCGGAAGCCGGAGGCCAAUUCUGUGCCUUCUCUUGUGUCGGCACUCAGCGUGCCCACCAUGCAGCCCGCCAAGAGUCACGCAGCCGGUGCCCUGAACACCAGAUCCGCCAGCAGCCCCGUGCCGGGAUCACUCCAGUUCACCCACAGCUCCCUGGAACACAUGUCCAGCGUGCAGUACCCUCCCAUCCUAGUCACCAACAGCCACGGCGCCUCCGUCACUUACAGCGAACAGUUCCCCAAGUACGACUCCGUGAGCGACCACGGGUACUACUCGAUGCUGAGUGAUUUUUCCAACAUGAGCAUGAGCAGCAUGCACAACGUGGACAGCUUCUGUAGCAUGGAGCACGAGCAUGGGGCGUACCAGAGGCCCCCGGGCCACCGUGCAGAGUCCUGCCUCAGCCACUCCACCAGCGACUCCUUCUCCUCCUACGGGGACCUGUACAUGAGCUCCGUGGACAGCAGCCUGGACGACAGCGUGAAGGGCCAGCAGCAGUCUCCCGCUCAGAGCCGCCUCCAGGCCUUCUCCCACGGCUUCCAUCACGACACCCUGACCAGGGUGCAGAGCUACGGCCCUGAGGAGCCCAAGCAGGGCCCCCGGAAGCAGUCCAUAUCCCACCUGGCUCCCCACACCCAGCACCCUGUGGUUGGAGCAAGGUCGAGCUGUCCUGGGGAUUACCCCCUACCUCAGAACACGCUCCCCUCCUCGUCCUCGCAGCCCGGGCGCUCACUGGGCAUGACUCGCAUGGACAGCAUCUCCGACUCCCGGCUGUACGAGAGCAACCCCAUGAGGCAGAGGAGGCCGGCUCCCGGCCUGAGGAGACCCCCUCUGUGCCGGGAGCAACAUGCCAGCUGGGACCCUCUGCCGUGCGGCGAGUCGUAUGGGUACCACUCGUUCCCCCUCAGCAACAGCCUGAUGCAACCCUGCUGCGAGAAAGUCAUGGUCCGCAGCAUGCCUGACAAGAUGGAGCAGAUCUGGCGGUCGCCGUGGGAGAACCCGUUGCCGCACGAGCACCAGGAGCGCCACAUCAUCCCGGAGCAUCAGUACCAAACGUACCGCAACCUCUGCAACAUCUUUCCCGCUUACGUGGUUCAUUCCGUCAUGGAGAAGAACCCUCACCUGACCGACCCCCAGCAGCUAGCGGCCGUCAUCGUCACCAAGCUGAGGUCGCGCCACUGAGGUCUUUGUUCUCGCUUGCGUUCGAUCGCCGUUCCGGUUGUGUUGGAUCGUCUGUAGUAGAACUCGACAAGUUAGGGAAUAGAUCGUGUUUUCUUUUUUUAUCAAUAGACCCAAUUUUAAGGUUAUGAGGUAUCACAAAUUCCAAGCGAAAACUGGCAAAUAUUCUGCUGAUAUUUUGUGUAGAGCAUGGUGUGUUAAGUACAGAGAGGAACAAUUUCACUAUGUGUAAGUAGUUCAUUUUCUGUAUGUCUGACACUUUUGUAAAUAUCACAUGGCUUUGUUGGGUCUUUUGUGCAAUGGUUGGUGGGGUGAGAAAGAGGGAGAUGAGUGAAGAAUACCUCAGCAGGAACUUUAAUGGCCUUAUAUCUAACAACCUCACAGCUUCAGUCAAUUAUAACGGGUUUCAAUGAAUCUUGAUGUGGUUGAGGUAUAAUUUGCUUUUAAAAUGUAAAGCAUUGUAAGUAUUUAGAAUUAUAUAUUUUUUUUCUCAAUCUCACUUUGCAAAGCUACUAUUUUGGUAGGAUUUGUAAGUGCACAUUGCGAACCAACUCUAAAACAUUUGACUUAACACGUGUGCAAACAUCUAUGUAUGUAUAACAUAAAACAGCCGUUUCAAAGACGUCAAAGCUGCUGAAUAAUGCCAAAAAAAGAGGAUUUACUUUUAGUCAGACAGUGUAUUGCAUCGAGGGUGGAAUGGAAUGUCAGUGCUUUGGGAGUUUCUUGUAUUGUAUAGCUUACUGACUGUGCUGAUUAGCUAUCUAAUGCAACUGUGUUACUGACUGUGCUGAUUAGCUAUCUAAUGCAACUGUGUUACUUUGAUGUGAUGUUAAUAAACUGUGUGUAUGUGUGCAUGUAUAUUUUAAAUAUAUAUACAUGCACAUAUACACACAGAAAAUAUAUAUAAUAUAUAUAUAUAUAUAUAUAUAUAUCCUUGUGUUGACUUGCACCUUGAGACCUGGCACAUUACUUAAUGGAGCACAGGACUGUGGCGGUUCGUUAAAUGUGACUUAUUUAUUAUUACUUAAGAGUUGAAGUCUCAUCGGCAAAAUGCUUUAAGAAAGCAUAAGUUUCCUUAUUAAUGCUGAGAGAAAUCCAAUGUAAAUGAACACGUGUAAAGAAUAUAUAACAUUUGAAUGUGAUUUUGCCCCAAGAAAUUUCGGGCUUUGUUGAUUUUGUUUUUUCAUGAAAUAAGAGGCGGCCAUGUUGGACCUCUUACGUCUUCAUGAGAAGGUGAGACUAACCUAAAUGUUUCUUCCUGUGAAACACUCAGAAUGCCAAGCUGCCGUCAGGGUUGUUUCUGGCUUUUGGCUUACAGUUUGCGUGCCGACCUCACUUCCUUCCCUCCAGUUUGAAAGGCUUCAUAAUGUUGAAUCAUGAUAUAUUUUAGUAAUGCAGAUGAACAAUAUGAAGCCGCAAGAACGAAGCAAAACAGAACCGAUGUUCUGGACGCCCUCGCCUUCCCUCCCCCCUUUUAAGCGCCGCAAACGACUAAGCCACAAAUGUCUAGAAACGACCUUUGUUUGUUGAUACAAAUUGUAUCUAUUUCUUGAUUGUAAAAUAUAUUUAUGAAAUGUAUAGUAUCAUCAAAAGGUUUUAUUCAAAGAAAAAAAAAUACAA